UAUCCUUUCAAGUUACUUCCCUCGUUCCAAUCUCCUUAAUUAUAACAUAACUAUGGCAUCUUCGACACCGGUGGCAGUUCUUCUCAUCUCUUUUUUCACUAUCCAUCUCUUACUUGCGCCGUCUACUUCAGCGAUUACGUGCAGCGACGUGAUCAAAGAUCUGAAACCAUGUCUUAACUACCUAAAAAGCGGCAGCGGAUCGCCCCCUUCCGACUGCUGCGCAGGAGCAUCAAGUCUUGUAUCCAGUGCUACAUCCACAGCUGACAAGCAAGCUGCAUGUGCCUGCCUUAAGACUGCUGCAAAGAGCAUAAGUUUUAAGCCUGAACUUGCAAAAUCUCUCCCAGGGAAAUGUGGCAUCUCCUUGCCUUAUCCCAUCUCUCCAUCUGUUGAUUGCUCCAAGGUUACUUAAAAUGGAGUACACCGAAGGCUAGUCUGAAUACAUGUUCUACCAUAUCGAAUUUGUGCUUUGAGUUUCGCUAGCUGUGAUAUUUUGUGUGAAAUAAAAUGUAUUUUCAUUUUUGUGGAAAUACCUAUGUUAUUACUUGUUACAUGAUAUUUGAAUGAUUUAUGAAAAUUUUA